CCCAUGGUUUUGUCUCUUAUAAUGAAAGGUUUAUAUGAAUAAUAAGUAUACAUGAAAAAAGGGCCGGCAUGAGUAAGAAUUUCUGCUGUGCCUUGGGUACGUAUAUCCUACUGAAAGACCCAGAUGUGUCAGUCACUUUUGGGCAGCGUGUUUAUUAGGCCUGUCCUGAGCUUUGUGCAUCUCCCCGGGACCCAGUCUCUUCUAAGGGGAAAGAAGUAAUAUUUGCAAGAUGACAAGGCAGAACUUAUUUUCUCAGCAAUUUCACUGUUAUGAGCAACUAUCUUAAAAAACCACGAUCACACCCCAUCCCCUACACAUUUUGCUUUGAAACCUACCAAACUUGACACCCCUAUUUUAUUCGUUGAUUCAAGAACAACAGGCGAAAAUGUGAGCAAUAAACCCUGGCCCAGCACUCUCAAUUGCUGCUAGAGAAGGAGCAAACGACAUGUGACAGGGCUUUCUUGACCUCUCCUCUGCUUUUGAGAAACCUGAAAAAUGUCAUGAGCAUUUUUUUCUGCCUAUGGCAAAUAACAGAAAGCUGGGUGAGAAGCAGAACAGACUGCAGACAGGUUUUAGAGUGGGCUCCUUUGGGUUUGUUGAAUUGCCUCCUAGUUAGAGAGGACUUGGAUUUUCCAAGUCCUCUUGCAACAUGUCAAAACCAGCUUCUUCAAAGGAUGCAGUGGCUGUGCCAAAACAUCUCGCCUGUUUGUAAGCAAACGCAUACUACCGGCACUAUCCCUGCUCGAGCAGUGUUCUUACGGGCAGGUGUGCUGCAUUAAAUCAAGCUGAUGAAUUACUGUAUUUUAAAAAUUGUUCUCUAGGCAGGUCCCUGCUAUUCCCCCCCUGCACAAGAUGAAAAGCAUUUUUACAUUACAUAUCUUCUUACAAGACUUGAAUUGCCUGGAGUGCGUGCAUGUGCAAUGACGGGUCCGGGGAUUUGGGAUUGUCGCCAGGCGCCUUACCCUGAGGCAGCAGAGCAGGAAAGUGUGCGAGAGCCCUGGCAGCAUCGUGGCAGCCUGACUCCAAAAGACCACAGCCUCUUUCAGGGGACAGUCGUGUUCAGUGAUGGAAGAUAACCUGAUGCGUCCCUGCUGGUUCUCCAUUCUGCAUCCGUGCAGCCACGUUCUAUUGAUGGCCUGUUGUGAUUUCAAUGGAACAUCAUGGGAUGUACCUGGCACGUCGGGCAGCACUGGAUGGAGGUGCCUUUAGCCCAAUGUACCUGGCAUGGUGGUAAAGUGAAGGUGAAAGGAAGAGAAGGUGGAGAUGGAACUGCCAAAUCAUGCCAAACAACUGCUACUGCAGCUGAACCAGCAACGAGCCAAAGGUUUCCUCUGUGACGUGAUCAUUGUGGUAGAAAAUGCCCUGUUUCGUGCCCAUAAGAACAUCCUGGCAGCCAGCAGCAUGUAUUUCAAAUCCCUCGUCCUGCAUGACAACCUGAUUAAUUUAGAUACGGACAUGGUGAACCCCACCGUGUUCCGACAGAUCUUGGACUUUAUUUAUACUGGUAAGCUCUUAACGACUGACCAGCCCGGUGAACAGAACUUUAAUGCUCUCCUCACCGCAGCAAGCUACCUCCAACUGCACGACCUGGCAGCUCUCUGCAGAAAGAAGCUGAAGCGGAACGGCAAGUCCUUUGCUGGCAAGGCCGGUGGCCUUGGUGUCGGGAGAUCUGCCAGGAGUCAGAGACUUUCCACUGCUUCGGUCAUCCAAGCUCGCUAUUCAGGGUCAACCGAAGGGUUGAAGGGCUCGCACUCAAAGGAGCUGUCAAAGGGAAAGCUCUCCGAUGAUGAGGUCUUCAUCAGCAGCUCCAACCAAGAGAACUGUCACUCCUUAAGCAGGGGAGCCAGUAAGAACGGCGGUGGGGGCAGCAGUGCAAAUGGGAGCACCGGCGACCAGGAGCUAGGCCUCGACCUGUCCAAAAAAAGCCCGUCGCUCCCUGUUGCAGCCUCCCACGAUGACACGCAGCACAGCGAAAGCCAGCAUGGCUCUCCCCAAUCUGCCUCAGCCCCCGCAGCCAACAGUGCCUCAUCGUUUGACGAGUCUGGAGUCGGAGCCCCUCACAGCAUGGCGGACAGCAGCGACCCCAUGGAGAUGGAUCUGAGCGAAGAGUGCCACCACUCACUGACGGAGAGCAACCAGCGCAAGGGCCUCCGACACUCAUCCCGCAAGAAGGAGUGGAUCAAGAAAGACAACGCCUUUGACCGAAAGGAAGGGAGUAAAGAUAGAGACGAGGGCGAAGGGCUGCCCAAUGGUAUUCUGCUGGGGCCCUUGUCCAAGUCGGUUGAGCGGAGUCUGGCUGGGGCCUAUGGCGCAGACUUACCGUACCCGUGUAAGGAGGAGGUGGAAAAUGGUAAGGAGAACAGUGAUGACAGCGGCCAGAGUGAGAGCGAGAGUGGUGGGCAUACUAGUGCCAACUACGUCUACCGGCAGGAGGGGUUUGAGCCUGUGGCCUACGGUGACAACUUGUAUGUCUGUAUCCCCUGUGGCAAAGGCUUCCCCAGCUCCGAGCAGCUCAACGCCCAUGUGGAGACGCACACCGAGGAAGACCUUUACAUCAAGGAGGAAGGCACAUACGGCGGCAAGGAUGAAGCCGAGGAUUUGUCCAACCCCAACCAGUCCUAUGCUGCAGAGUCCCGGCCCUUCAAGUGUUCAGUGUGUGAGAAGAGCUACAAGGAUCCAGCCACGCUGCGGCAGCACGAGAAGACUCACUGGCUGACGCGGCCUUUCCCUUGCAACAUCUGCGGCAAGAUGUUCACGCAGCGGGGCACCAUGACACGGCAUAUGCGCAGCCACUUAGGGCUUAAGCCCUUUGCUUGCGAGGAAUGCGGGAUGCGCUUUACCCGGCAGUACCGACUGACAGAGCAUAUGCGUGUCCACUCAGGAGAAAAACCUUACGAAUGUCAACUGUGUGGUGGGAAAUUCACCCAGCAGCGCAAUCUGAUCAGCCACCUGCGAAUGCAUACCUCUCCCACAUAAGCCAAAGACUCCAGAAUGAGCUUCGAGCCCAUCCGCAGUGAUUUACCUUUCUGUAGACUUGCUGCUUAAAAAAAAAGAAAAAAAGAAAAAAACAAACAAAAAAGGGGGCAACUCCCCAUACUCUGUUCAGUCAUGGGAGGCCUAAACAAAUGUAGCUUUAACAUUUAAAAAAAAAAAGUUCCUUUUUUUCCUUUUUUUAAAAAAAAGAAAGGUCCACAGCCAAGCUGAUGCAUUUUGCCCAACUCUCCCUCCAAAUCUUGGGGAUCUGGCAAGAAAUGGCACUUCAUUUUGUGCAUGUUGACUUCAUUCUGAAUAUUUGAAGCAGGAAGGGGGACCAGGUGGAACUUUUGACUUCUGUUGGCUGCCCCCUCCCUACCUCUUUCUUUUUGCAUUACUAUCACGCUACUAAUGUCUUCUCUUAAAGCCAGACUUGAGAGAGGUAUUUCUUGCCACUAAAAAGAAAAUAAAGUCCAUCUCCUUUUCAGGGGCCCAAGUAGCUAUGGAACAACAUAGCAUUGCAUUGACAAGUGCAGAGGCUGUGUCUGUGGACCAUCCCCUGGGGUUGGCAGCCCCUUCUGAUGCUGUGGGAAAGCCGUGGCAGUGGUGGAACCCAUUGCACUGCCCCACGGGCGGGCGAUGCAGCGGUGGUGAGAGCAGUCUCCCCGGGCGUGCACCGACUAGAGUGUUUCACUUAAAGAAAUGGCAAUGCUUCCCUCACCAUCCCUCCCUCUUUUGGUUUUGGUCUUUAUCCAUGGCACACACAACCACAUGCCACCUUUUCCCACAAAACACACAAACCUCUUCUGCCUUACCUAUGACUGAACAGGGCCUGGAUGCCCCAGGAAUUUCUUUCAGUGAGCAGGGGGUCGUCUUUACUUUUCUAGUAGUUUCGUAUGAAUAUUCUUUGCUUAGAGGUACUUGUUUUAUUAAAGGAAAAACCAUUGUAACGUUUAUGUGAAUGUUUGAACUGGAAGGUCUGAGGUUAAUUCUAGGGUGGGUGGGUGGGGAGGGGGUUUGAUGUAGGCUGGACUUGCUACAAGUUCCUUAGGUACUUUUUUAUUAUUUUUUAUUUUAUUUUUUGUGUGUGUGUAUGUUUUUAGCUUUCCUCCCUCACUAAAGAGCGAGUCUGUGUGGACAGACUUGUUACCUUUGCUACCUCUUGAAUUCAUGAGAACAAUAAGAUGGUUAGUGAAAGAUUAGGCUUUUUUUUUCUCUUAUUGUAAGUAAUUCAGUGUAUAAAAGUAGAAGCUAAAUUAAAGUUAAGGGAUUUUUACCACCCUGUCCUUCCAUCAAAAGUCAGCUAGAAAAAUGUUAAAGCAAAGCUCAGCCAAAGACAAAGCAAAAAAUACAUGGAGCCAGAGGCUGUGCUGGCUGCUUGGACUGGCUCACUCAGCAGUCUCUUGGGUUUGUGUAGUCACUUUUUAGAUAAAAAAAAGAAAACUUCUCUGAGCUUUCUGGGCCCUUUCCAGCUUUGUUUAUUGAAUCUGGAUCCUAUGGGGAGGGGAAAAUGUCUCCCUCAUCUUCCACUCCCCCAGCACAUCUGGGUCAGUCUGUAAACACCUGGCAGGACAGAGGGUGAGGGCACAGCAGCCUAUAAUUUACUAGAAUCCAGAGUGCAAUAAGGUGGGGGAGAGGAGGAAAAAGCAAACCAAAGUGUUUCAUAUCCUCCCUUUUAGACAAUUUAACACACGCACACAAAAAGUAAGAAAAAUGAAAAGAAAAAGAAACAAAAUGUUCUUGCAACAUCUGCAUAAGACAUCACAGCCAACAGCUGCUAUUGGUUUAGGAGAGAAGACAGAGAACUUAGCCCACCGAUUCUUGGCCCCCUUGACUUUGUUGGCGUGACCUUGUGGAAAGCUAUGGCUUAUUUCAAGCCUCCCGUGACUGUGGUGGUAAAAAUUCACAGCCAGUAGAAUCAUCCUUUCUGAACUGAAUAAGGUUUACACUUGUGUUUUUCGUUUGUUUUUUUUUUUUUCUCUGCUCAAAACCAGUAUAGUCUCUAUGCGUAGGGUUUACCAAACCUCACGUUUUGUCUUUUUAAAAAAAACACAAAACCAAUUUUUUUAAGUUUCGACCAAAAAAGAAAAAAAAAGAGUGAGCAUGUUUGACUAAAACAAAGAAAUAUAAGCUUCAUUUUCUAUUGUUUUUUUGUUGUUUUUUUUAUUGUUUUUGUUAAGGUAGACUAGUCCAUAAGAAGUUUUUGGGUCAAUUGAAUGAACUGAGGAAACUGGAAUCCAGGCUCCAAGCAAUAGACAAACCAAACGGCGCUGCGCCUCGGCCUGGUGUCACGUUACAGGGACCACGCUGGCCCCGCCGCCCGCCCCUAGUGCCAUUGUCUGCCCGCUCCCGCUCGCGUGAGUCGCGCAGCCGAGGGGAGCGUGGACUUGUUCUUUUUGAUUAUUUUCUAAUUGUGCUGAGAUGCGCUGUUUUCUUUUGGGGGGGCUAGGCGGGAUUUUAGUGUCUUUAGCACUUCCACAUUUUGAAUAUAUAUUGAUUUUUCCUCCCCUCGAUUCCUUGCCAAACCCCCAAGAACGUCCCCAGAACAGUCGCUGGGGGGAGGACAGGGAAGGCCUUGCCAUCUAUCUCCCUUUUUCCCAGAGCAGGGCUCAGCAGGGCCCAGGACAGCCGUGCAAGAUUGGUUCCUAGGCACUUUUACCCUGCCUCCGGCUUUCACCUCCCCUCCAGCGAGCCUGCAGCUGCGCGAAGCCGUGCUGGCCCAGGCGGCAGCCAGGGCAGAGCUCCCCUGCUGCUGGCUGCCUGCGGACCCAGCAAGUCCAGAUUUUCAAAAUGAUUUUUAGCUCUCUCCUAGAGAAAUGCGGAGCAGCCCGGGGUGUGCGGAGCACAGCCAGCCGGUCGGCGGCCAUCGCUUGCUCCCCCUCGUUUAAGCCAAUUUUUACAAGCAUUCGUGUGGGCGAUGCAUCCUCCCCUUCCCACCCCCAGGCCCCCUCUUCAUUUGUUUCUUAUGCCUUGAAAAUCAUUUUGAAGUUUCAGGACCCAAUGCUAUUUUUUAAUUUUUUUUUUUUAGGAACGUCUUUUUUUUAUUUUCUCCCCCCUCCCCCAGCACUUAAACAAUACGACAUAAAGUCUGUGUACAGCAAGAGUAUUGUACAAAAGGAAAUUUUGUUCUUUUUUCCAGUAGCUGUGUAAAGUUGUGUUCCAUAGAUUGAGUAUAAACAACAUUUUCCAAAUUGUGACAGUAAUAAUGAAUAAUAAUACUCAAAACUUCAGGGACUGUUUACGGCCUGCUUGGGGCCUAAACACUCAACUGCAUUUGUACGACAUAGUAUUGUAUCAAACAUUUUUCUGUAUUUUAAUGAGAAAGCAAAACACUAGUUUCAUAUUUAAGAUUUUAAGAGUUUUAGGGUGGGGGGGAGGGAGUUGCAUUUUUGGUUUUUUUAUUUUAUUUUAAUUUUUUUUGAAAUACACAAAGAGCCUCAAGAGGAAUAAAACAAUUUAAAAACAAACAAAAAGAAAAAAAAACAAAAAGAGGCCAGGCAGCUUAAGUAUAUGCUUUAGUCACUUAGUUCCAGAAUGUUUUCGGAAUAACAGGAAAAAAAAAGAUAAAAUAGCAAAAGUUGUAUAAAAAAAUAAAGAAGCUCAUACCCAAAUUCACAAAACUAUUUUUUAAACCAAAGCACAUUUGAAUGAGUAUGGAACCUCACUUGGCUCAGAAAAGUACUAAUAUAUUUAUCUCAUUGUUUACAUAAACUUUUACAGUCUCAGACCUCAACAGAUCUAGGGGCCAGUCAAAAUUAAUCUUUGCUUUUUCCAUUGGUUUGUGUCCCGCAGGCUCCGGCAGCCCCCGCGCCGGGGGAGGGGGGCUCUGCCCCAACCCGCGCUCCGGCCCGGCUCGGGGAGGCAGGGCAGGCCCGCGGGGCGCUCAGACGUGGGCAACCGAGGGGGUUGUCCCCCAGCCACGAGCCAGGGCGCUGGGAGGGAGCCGAGGCACUCCUGGGGUGUCCCCGCCUGGGCCAGGAGCCGGGGGCCGGCUGCCCGCGCGGGCACCGCUUGCAUGGGCCUAAGACAUUAAACGAAGCGCCGCCCCGGCUCUGCACCCGGGGCAGGUGUCGAUGCCUGUGUCCUCAGGCAGCCUCCCGCUUCCUCUGACCAGUGUGAGGGGGGACGAGGGAGGCGAGAAGCUCUGGAGCUCAGAGAAGAUGGGAGCUGCUGUAGCCAGCACAUCUCCUUAACGUUAGCCGUGGGAGCUGGGCCGUUAGUUCUGAUCCUCUAUUGCAAAACCACCAAAAAAGAAAUUCCUGGCAAAAAACCAAAAGCCCAGCUCUGUGCAUUUGGGGGAGUCAGCAGGAGCCACAAAGACCACAGAAGACACCAAAGAGCUAUUGACACGCAGCUUCUGUGAGGCUUUGGGGCUGCUGGCGAGGGGAGCGCGGGCGCCUUGGCGCUGCCCUCCGCAGCGGGCGGCCGAGCGGGGCGGCGCAGCUCCCGGGCAGCACGAGGAGGUGACUUGGGUAGCUUUAAAGGUCUGGCGCCAGGGCGAUAGCGCAGAUGUGUAACGUCCUCCUUACGUUUGGAAGCGUGCCGGGCCCUGAGCCGUACUGUUUGGACUGCUUGAGCCACCUUUUAAUUCAACAGCUGGAUUGAUUCACUCCAAACCUCAGUGUCAGGUGCAAAAGAGUCCAACCAAAACCCUUAAGGCUUUCUAGGUAGAAACCUAAGCUUGAUUUGCAUGUUAGAACAGUGUAAAGAUUACCAAUGAAGAUAGUUUGCUAAAAUACCGCUGAAGCCAAAAAAGGAUAACAAAAACUUAUAAACAGAAAGCUCCCCAUAAUUAGUUUUGACCCCUUGUAGCUUUUACCUUCUACACCAAAGCCACCUCAGGCAUCUGAGGGGGGGCUGAUGGAAAAUGAAAUAUUAAUUUUGCCUGGUCUUAAUAUCUAACAAAGAUGGUGCAAACACUAUUUGACAGUGUUGUUUUUGUAUCAAUAUGUAUGUGCAGUAAUGAAUGUAUUUAUUUCUCAGAUUCUGUAUGCACAGUUUUGCAAUGUAAUUCAGAAAGUUGCAAACACAAAGAUGUGUCCGCAGGGUCUUCUCUACAGGAUUUCAAAAAAAUGAAAAAAAUAUAUUAAAAAAAAAAAGAAUCUCAGAGACUCUCAGCAUAGCCAUAAACCAUAACCUGUGAAGACAAUACAAAGACUGGACUUUUGUAGCUUUGCAUAGAAGAGGAAUUUAUGUUUUGCUGUAUUUAAAUGUUUCCAGUUACAGUGUCAUUCUUUUAAGAUUCCUGUUUUGUUGGGUUUUUUUUCUCUCUCUCGUGUGUGUGGAAAGCAUUGUUUUCAAGCAGUGCAGGUUCAAAGUCUGGGUUAGCAGUAUUUUGCCGUGUCGCUUCAGUUAUGGAAAGCAGGAGUAUGGGUCUUGACCAGGGAAACAUCCAGGGCACUCAGUGAAACAAAAUGUUUUCUGAGGUGACUGCUGGCAAAAUCUGGGGAAUGUAGAAGUCAUCAGAGGAAUGGCUGCGUGCUGCCGAUUGGCACUUGUGACUGAGACAAGCCCAGUGUCCCACCGGAACGGCCUGCGCUUUCCCUGAACGCCCUCCCCGCACUUACUGUUCACCUUGGAAGCAAUAAGGAUCUCAAAAGUGGGGAGCUGAUGCCCCAGGUAGCUAGAGGAAGCUUCGUGCCAAACCCAGCAGCUUCUGGGCCAUCUUGUGAUGGGCCCUACAAAUUAUAUUGAAGCAUCAGAUUCCCUAAAAUAUAAGGUGAUUAAAGUCCCUGGGAAAAGCCGUAUUUACAGAGCAUCUCAUUCCAAUACUGGUAGAGUUACCAGUUGUGUGACCUGCUAUAGCCCCCAGAAUUAGCAUGGAGAAGGAUGUCUGUUGAUUUCUGGAUAUAUGCCAAAUUCAGAAACCCUUCCAAUCAGCUGUGCUGGAGGUAAGGGAAAAAGCAAACUGAAAAUAACCAGACAGACAAAACCUCCCUAAGUUUUUAAUGGGUUUGAGAAGAUCUAGAUUGUAAACAUCUAGCUCUCCCCAGAUAGCAGAAAUGUUCAUGACUGAGAUAGAUGGUGCGUUUGAAUAAACACUUGUUUAAGAAAGAGUUUAAAUCCUAAAUGAGCACUGAGCUGUGAUCCUGAAAUAAUCAAAUGGACUCUAGCAUUUUUCUUAUUUUUUGUUUAAACUUGUUGAUUUGCUCAGUAAAAUCUCCCCUUUUUGUAAAGCCCUUUCUUUUCAUAAGCUUACUCUUGCACUCCAAAACUUGCCAUAUUCUUGAAACAGAAAAGUUGGGAGUUGCUUUCAAUAGCUAAAAGCAGCUCGUUGCAGUGUUUUAAGUCCCAUGGUACUUUAUUGCCCUGAUUUUAGUGCAAGAGACAAGCAGGCAAGGAGUAGCUCAUUCCCAGCCCCUUUCCACUCCUUGAAUUUUGCAUGUUUCAGGGUAGGGAAAGAAAGCAAUUUCACCUCCUCCCUUUGAUGAUUUCCCAUGAUAGUCACUAAAUUUACUGCUUUUCUCAUAAAAGGAAAAGAUUUGGGCUCCCUUGUGAGGCCGUGCCAGCUCUGCUUUAGGGCUCCUGGCUGGACCUCCUAGUCGGGAAGGCCUCUUCCUUUUAGCCUCAGUUCCUCUCCGUGCUGCAACACAGUUGCUCUUUAUUCUGCUUUCCUUGUUCUAACUGGACUUAAAAAUACUGAAUCAUAAAGUGAGAGAUAGAAAUGCAUUUUCUGUUCACUUGAUGCCACUUCAUUAUUGUCUCUGCCCUGUCACCAUCCUCUUCUUCCCUUCCUUCCCCCUGUUCUUUCCCUAAGCAUUUUGAAGCCCAGUGUUGAACACACGGGGAUCAAGGCAUCGAGGUUUUUUGAACACAGCAGACUGUGUGGGAUGCAGUAGGAAGGGUUUAAAACAGAAUACUCCAUGCUACAAAAUUUGUUGGCAGUGCAGGGACACACUUCAUAGUGCUUGCCUUCCCGAACGAGUGGGGUGUUUUCUAAACUUUGCCAUUCACAAGUCAUCAAUCGAAGCACCCAGGACAGCUGUUGCUCUGACUUCCAUAGGAGUUUCGACUGGCUGAGGAAAAGUUGUCUGUGAUGAGAGGACCUUGUUCUAGCUGGCUGGAUAUUUUUCCCUUUUUUAUUUUAAUAUUUUAAAUACAACUGUAAAAGGGAUGUUGCAUCUCUCUCUCUCUCUCUUUCUAUCUCUCUUUUUAAAAUUUUUUUAAGCCUUAACUAUCAGUCAGCCUAGGAGCCCUGGAUGUUUCCUGGGGAGGGGAGAGGAGGGCAAGGGCAAGGCCAACAUUCCUGCUGCAAUGUUCUGUUCAUUUCCUUCAAGAGCUUGAAUUCAGGUCAGAGCCACACAUAGUUGUGGCUUCAACUCAAGUGUCAUAUAAAAAGAUACAGAAAUUAUAAUAUGAUCUCAGCAUUCAGAAAUUUGCAGUCUUAAUGUACAGUGAUGAGAAACUGUUAUUUUAUGAUCUUUUCAUUAAAAGCUUGAUUGAAAAAUUA